AUAAAAACACUGUCACAUUUUCGAUUUGCGAGCUCAACACAUAACUUCUUUAUUUUUUUCUUUUCCCUUUUUCUCACCCACCACCACUCUCCAUUUUCAACAUCACUUCUCUCUCUAAAAUAUAUUCAAUCUUUUUUUUUGUUUUUUGCUGUUCUUAAUCGUUAACAUGUCUUUUAUAGUUUGUUUCAGUUUCAGAUCUUAAGGGGUUGAUGUUUCUAAUGUAUUGAACCUUAAAAAACCAAGAAACAAAGAAAAAAAUACAAUCUGUUUUUGGUGCUACUAAUAGUUGACAUGUCUUUUAUAGUUUGUUUCAGUUUCAGAUCUUAAGGGGGUGAUGUUCCUAAUAUAUUGAACCUCAGAAAACAAAGAAACAAAGAAAAAAAUUCAAUCUUUUUUGCUUUCUUUGUUUUUUUUUUAAGGUUCUCUUUAAUGGGGGGUAGUUCUUGUUUUAGGUUUGUUUGUCUAAUUUGAGAAAGGCAUUUUUUUCAGUGAAGUGUACUAAGAGAAGAGAAAAUCAAGAAACAUACCAAGUUUGUAUUUUUUUUUCUUUCUCUUUGUGAGGGGGUAGUUCUUGUUUUAUGUAUAUACUGAAGGGGUUUGUUUGUUUAUCAAAAAACAAAAAAACAAAAAAAGCCAGCUUUUUUGAGUGAAAUUUGGAAAAAAGUUAUCAUUUUUGGACUGAAACGUGUCAUUUGAUCUCUGUAUAAACCAGCUGGAUAAGUUUUACAGCUCAGAAAACUUGAAAUUCUUGUGGAAAAAUAAGGUGAAAAAAGAGAGUUUUGAAGCAAAAAACAAAGGGCUGUAGUUGAAAGUUAAAAGUCUUUUUUUUUUUUAACUUAAUGAUGAUGGAGUUUGGAGUUUGGAGUUUUGUGUGAAGAGUGUAUCAAACACGAGUAGUUUACAGCUUAAGUGAAAAUAUUUGUGAUAAAAAAAGAAACAAAGGAUUUGUUUUUGUCUGUAUUAAUAUCCUUUGUUUCUGGCGUAUCUUUAGUUGAGCAGUUUUGGCUGUACCUUAAUUUGUAAGGUAUGUGUGAAGUGUGUGUUUGAGCCUUUUAAGUGGCACAUAGGAAUCUUCUAGUUAAAUCAAGAUCGUUCAUUUAAUCUUGUCUGAGAUCACUAGGGGAAAAAAAAGGAGCAUCAAGGUUUAGUAAAAAAAGGAAAAAAGAAAAAGAAAAAGCCUUUGUUUCAGAGAAUCUUAGUUCUCUGCGUAGAUAUAUAUAAAAGCUGUCAAGAACACAGUUUCAAGGGAAUAUAUCUACUUGGGGUGUUUUAUUUAUUCAAAGGGUGUACUAAAAAUCCAAAAAUUUUGAAUUUUUAUUCUUGGUUUGGGAUUUUGAGAUUUUGAGGGUUACAAAUGGCUAUGGUGGCUCACCAACAAAGGGAGAGUAGUAGUGGUAGUAUUACUAAACAUCUUGAUAGUAGUGGAAAGUAUGUUAGAUAUACAGCUGAGCAAGUUGAGGCUUUGGAGAGGGUUUAUGCUGAGUGUCCUAAGCCUAGCUCGUUGCGCCGACAACAAUUGAUCCGUGAAUGCCCGAUUUUGUCGAAUAUCGAGCCUAAGCAGAUCAAGGUUUGGUUUCAAAACAGAAGGUGUCGAGAGAAGCAAAGGAAAGAGUCUUCUCGAUUACAGACUGUAAAUAGAAAGUUGUCUGCGAUGAAUAAACUGUUGAUGGAGGAGAAUGAUCGCCUACAGAAACAAGUCUCACAGCUUGUGUGUGAAAAUGGCUAUAUGCGGCAACAAUUAACUGCAUCAGCGGCCACGACUGAUGUAAGUUGCGAGUCAGUGGUAACCACCCCUCAGCAUUCCCUUAGAGAUGCUACCAAUCCCGCUGGACUACUAUCAAUUGCAGAAGAAACCUUGGCGGAGUUCCUUUCUAAGGCUACAGGAACUGCUGUCGAUUGGGUCCCGAUGCCUGGGAUGAAGCCUGGUCCGGAUUCAGUUGGGAUUUUUGCCAUUUCACACAGUUGUAGUGGAGUGGCAGCCCGAGCAUGUGGUCUUGUUAGUUUAGAGCCGACAAAGAUUGCUGAGAUCCUCAAAGAUCGACCUUCUUGGUUCCGGGACUGCCGGAAUGUUGAAGUUUUCACGAUGUUUGCUGCAGGAAAUGGAGGUACCAUUGAGCUUUUGUAUACACAGACAUAUGCUCCAACCACCUUGGCUCCUGCACGUGAUUUUUGGACUCUGAGAUACACAACAACCCUAGAGAAUGGUAGUCUUGUGGUUUGUGAAAGAUCCCUCUCUGGUACUGGAGCCGGCCCAAAUGCUGCUGCUGCUUCCCAGUUUGUAAGAGCUCAAAUGCUUCCAUCCGGAUAUCUUAUCCGACCAUGUGACGGUGGAGGAUCCAUUAUACAUAUUGUUGAUCACCUGAAUCUUGAGGCAUGGAGUGCCCCUGAGAUUCUUCGUCCACUUUAUGAAUCGUCAAAAGUUGUGGGUCAGAAAAUGACUGUUGCGGCAUUGCGAUAUGCAAGGCAAAUAGCUCAGGAGACUAGUGGCGAGGUAGUAUAUGGUCUAGGAAGGCAACCAGCUGUUCUUCGAACAUUUAGCCAGAGAUUAUGCAGAGGGUUCAAUGAUGCCAUAAAUGGAUUCAGUGACGAUGGCUGGUCAAUGUUAAGUUCGGAUGGUACUGAAGAUGUUAUAGUUGCUGUCAAUUCAAGGAAAAACCUCCCGACCUCGUCCAUUCCGCUUUCCCCUCUUGGAGGUAUCCUUUGUGCCAAAGCAUCAAUGCUACUCCAGAAUGUCCCUCCUGCUGUACUGGUUCGGUUUCUGAGGGAGCACCGUUCAGAGUGGGCGGAUUUUAAUGUUGAUGCCUAUGUAGCUUCUGCAUUGAAAUCUUGUCCAUAUACAUAUCCUGGAAUGAGGCCUACCAGAUUUACCGGAAGCCAGAUAAUAAUGCCACUUGGCCACACAAUUGAACAUGAAGAAAUGCUUGAAGUUAUUAGACUCGAAGGUCACUCUAUUGGCCAAGAAGAUGCUUUUAUGCCAAGAGAUAUUCACCUUCUCCAGAUGUGUAGUGGAACUGAUGAGAAUGCAGUUGGGGCCUGUUCUGAACUAGUUUUUGCUCCAAUUGAUGAGAUGUUUCCAGAUGAUGCACCUUUGCUUCCCUCUGGGUUUCGCAUCAUUCCUCUCGAAUCAAAAUCAAGGGAUGCCCAGGAUACAUUAAAUGCUCAUAGAACUUUGGAUCUAGCAUCAAGUCUUGAAGUGGGCCCAGCAACGAACGCUGCUACUGGAGAUGCGGCCUCUUGUUACAGUGCACGAUCUGUACUGACAAUUGCUUUCCAAUUUCCAUUUGAGGACAAUUUUCAAGAAAACGUAGCUACGACGGCCCGCCAAUAUGUUCGCAGUGUGGUUUCAUCCGUCCAACGCGUUGCCAUGGCAAUAUCUCCUACAGGAGUGAAUCCAACACUGGGAUCCAAGCUUUCUCCAGGCUCACCAGAAGCUGUAACAUUGUCGCAUUGGAUCUGCCAGAGCUAUAGUUAUCACAUGGGGACGGAAUUACUUCGAGCUGAUUCUAGUGGUGAUGAAUCAGUGCUAAAGAAUCUAUGGCAACACCAAGAUGCUAUUUUGUGCUGCUCAUUGAAGUCGUCGCCAGUUUUCAUAUUUGCUAAUAAGGCCGGGCUUGACAUGCUGGAGACAACAUUAGUUGCUUUACAAGACAUUACUCUAGAUAAGAUAUUUGAUGAAUCCGGGAGGAAAGUGUUGUUCUCAGAAUUUCCCAAGAUCAUGGAACAGGGUUUCGCGUGUUUGCCUGGUGGUAUCUGCAUGUCAGCAAUGGGACGACAUAUUUCUUAUGAACAAGCUAUUGCAUGGAAAGUCUUUGCGUCAUCUGAAGAAAAUACUGUCCACUGCCUGGCCUUUUCGUUCAUUAACUGGUCAUUCGUGUAACGCUGUCACUUCUUUUUGUUUUUUUUUUGUUUUUGACCUCUUUCUCAAAGAACGCUGACAGCCAGGAAGACAGUUGAGUGUUGGAAGAUCUUGGGACGAACGGAAGUUUUUGUAAUAUGUAAAACUCCCAGCUUCUUCUGCAUUAAUUUAAUUAGACUGAAAGUUGUAUUUUGUUUUCUUGAUACUCUUGUGUAAAUCUUAUUAGUGCAGUUUUUUUUUUUUUGAGUGAA